AUGAUUAAUAAUAAGGCAUUUUACACUAACUUGAAACCUAUAGUAAAUAAGGACGGGGAAGAAAAAGAGGAAUUCGAAAAUCAAGGAAAUGCAAAUAAUGUAGUUUAUAUAGGAAACAUAAGUAAAUAUAUUGAAGAGGAAAAUAUAUUAAAAAUAUUAAAAAUAUUUGGUGAUAUAAAUAAUUGGCAUAGACAAAGAAAUCCAUCAACAAAUGAGUUAAUGACCUUUGGAUUUUGUGAAUAUAAAGAUAUAUAUAAUGUUUAUUUAUGUAUAAAUAUAUUAAAUAAUAUAGAAUUAUGUGGAAAAAAAUUAAAAGUUAAUUGUAAUGAUAAUUUAAAAAAAAAAUUUGAUUCAAUUGUAGAUAUUUUGUUUGAAAAAAGGGAAGUUACACUUUUCGAAAAUGAUACAAAAAAUAUAAACGAAGAAAAUACUGUAAAUAAUUCACUUGAAUUAAAAGAAAUAAAAAAUAAAAUUUCAAACGAUAUAGAACAAGAUUUAAAAAAAAAAAAAAUGGAUGUUUUAAAAUUUAUAGGGGAUAUUAAUAAUGAUUAUGAAAAAAAUGGAAAAAAUGACGAAACCGAAAGAGGUGAAUAUAAUAAUGUAAAUAAUAACAAUAUUACUCAAUUUGAUAUGGAUAAUAAAUCCUUAUUAAAUAAGAAAAUAUAUAACCAUGGUAACGAAACUAACUACAAUGAAAAUAAUAAUAAAUUAAUAAACCAAGAAAAAGAAAAAAGAAAAUAUGUUACUAAUAAUUAUAAAAUUCAUUGGAGGGAAAGAGACCGAAUUGAAAAACUUGAUGCAAGAGAAAAAAAUUUAGAAAAAGAUUUUUAUAAAAGAGAAAAGGAAUGGUUAGAAUUAGAAGAACAAAUUAAAAAAGAUACAUAUAGAGAAUGGAAUAAGUUUAUUCAAAUCAAAAAAAAAGAUAUCGCUAAACUUAUCGAAUUAGAUUUAAAAGGAGAAAAUGAAGAUUCAAGUAUCUCAAGUUCAAAAAGAAGAGAAAGCAGAAGGUCAAAAAGAGCAAAGGAAAAAAAAUUAGAUGAACAAGAUAGGUUAGAUGAAAUGAAAGAAUUAGAAGAAGCCAAAAAAAAAGAAGAACAAAUAAAGGAUAUUGAUAUAACAAUGAAAGAUAAAGAAGGAGAGAUAUUAAACAAAAAAGAUAAACAAAAUAGCGAUACUACUGUGCAAACUAAGACAAAAAAAAGCAGUUUUUUCGCUACAGCUUUUUCAUAUGUGUUUGACAAUAAUAAAGAUAAACAAAAUGAUAAAACAAAUGAGAAUUCUGAAAAGGGAGAAAAUGAAAAUCAUGAUAUUAAACAGUUAAAUCAAAAUGAAAAUGAGAAAAACCAUGAACAAACCGAAAAUUCUGAAAUCGAAAAGGAGCAUGAAGAAUCUAUCCAAGAUAAAGAUGAUAAUACCAAUAAAAAAAAAAGUUCAAAAAACAAGCGAAAAAUAACAAACAGCGAAACAGAAAAAGUAAAUGACAAAAAAAAAAAAGUAACUAUCGAAAAUAUACAAAAUGAAGAAGAUAUUAAUAAAACAAGUGGUAAUAAUAAUAAUAAUAAAACAUUAAACACGAAAAAUAAUGAAAAUACAGAGGAAAUACAAUCUCUAGAAGACGAUCCAAUAAUAGCAUAUGAACUAGAGAUAUCAUUACCAAAAAAAAGGAAAGGAAAAAAUGAUACAUCUAAAACAAUUGAUAUAAUUGAAAAAUCAAAAAAAAUAUUAGAAAACAUACCUUCAGAAGAAGAAGAUAUUUUUAAUUACCCAAUCGAAUGGGAUAUAUUAAAAUUAAAAGAUAAUAUUAGUACAAACUUGAAGCCAUGGAUAUAUAAAAAUAUAACAGAAUAUAUAGGGGCAGAUGAAAAAGAAGUUAUAGAAGAAAUAAGUAGCUUUUUUGUUGAACAAAUAUUAAAAGAAACUGCACCAAAAGAUAUCCUUUCCGAAGCGGAAAAGUUUUUAGAUUCAGAUGGAAAGAAAUUCAUUAUUAAUAUGUAUAGACUCAUUAUUUUUGAGCAACUCAAAAUAAAAAAUAAUAUGUAA